AAAAAAAAAGGUGAUCGAUCAUUAAGUGGUUUUCCAACCACGUGUCGGCAUUCCAUUUUAUCAAUUUCUUUUUUCUUUUUCUUUACUUUCUCAUCGCUUCUCGCCGUGAUCUCCGUCUGCGAAAGGAUCCAAACCGACGACGGACGAAACCCACCAUCGACGUCUCCUCCAUCUUCUCCGUCAGAAGAAGAAUCGAAAUCCACGACCAACGACGACUCUCUCUAUCCUCACGGUGUCUCCUCCGUCAGAAGAAGGAUCGAAACCCACCACAAUCCACAAACGAACUUUUUUCUGUUGAAAUCUUAAGAGAAGCUAAAAGAAUCACAGAGGAAGCAAGUCAAGUGUUGAGAGAGAUAUAUAAAGGCGAUGGCUUUUCUGAGUAAAUUCGGGAACGUAUUGAAGCAGACGACGAGCAAGCAGCUCAAUGCUAAUGGUUCUUUAUCAAGUCCUUCGCUUUUUCAGGCGAUAAGGUGCAUGUCAUCUUCUAAGCUCUUCAUCGGAGGUAUGGAGUAUGGAAUGAAUGAGGAUAGCGUAAGAGAAGCUUUCAGAAAAUACGGUGAUGUCGUUGAAAGUAAAAACACUGGUCGAGGGGGUUUGGGUUUGUUACAUUCACCUCUGCAGAGGCGGCCUCUAGUGCUAUCCAAGAUUAUGGAAUCAGACGAGUUCAAGGCUUCAUCUAAGCUAGAGACAGUCACUUUCUCCGAGAUGAAACACGAAGAAAUUGAGGCUUUAGUUGAGUUCAUGUACUGCGUUGAUGGCUCUAUUAGUCUUGAUAGUCUCAAGAAACACGUAGGAUAACUCCACUACUCUUAACUUGAUUCUAUUUUCAUUCUUAUAUCUUGUUGUUUUGUGUCACGGACAAGAGCUCAGUGUAAGGGGUCAGUGUAAUGUGGUCAUUGUAAUGUUGUCUUGUUGUUUUUUGUCACGGACAAGAGCUCAUUGUAAUGAAUAAAUAAUAUCUUGUAAUGUGUCACAAACUUGU